GUUGCUAUGACCACCAGAGUCAACAACGGCCAGCCAGUUGGAGCGUCGUUCGAGUGAAGCACGCGGGUUUCAAAUUUUUUCCUCAAGUGUGAAGUGUAUUUUUUGUGUGUCCUCUCGCCGUCCUCGGAACCAGGUUCUUCCGUAGAAGAAGCGAAAAGUAUUUUAGUUGUUUCAACAGACAGUGCGUGACAAAAAGUGUAAAAUUGCGUGAAAUUGUGCCGUGUUUGAGCAAAAGCAGUAGAAGUGUGUGAAUUUUUCUUUUGUACGCCAACUUUUGACGAUUUCGAGAAGCAAACUUCCGAACACUAUGGCGUCCUCCAGCAGUUCGACGAACGUGGCCAAAGCGGUCCACCCGCAUUCGACGUUUCAGCGAAGUCCGUUCACAAAGGCCAAAUCACAGUCCUCCCGGUUGAACGUGGCCGCGGCACCGUUUGUGUCUUCAACGCUUGGCCAGAAGGCCACCGGCGGGAUGCGCAGCGGCAAAAGCAUGCCCGAGAUCGGUUACAUCGGUGAACUGCCGGUCAACAGCCGCAUCUGGAGUAGCAUUUCGAGCCAUCCGUUGGAGCAGAAGGUCGCCGUCCGGAGCACCACUCCGAGCGAGCUGUUCCAGUACUACCAACAGCAGCAGCAGCACCACCACCAACUCCAGCAACAGCAGCUGAUUCCAUCGAUUCCGCGGCACCUGACUUGCGACUCGCUUGCGGUGACGCCGGUCCAGCAGUUCGGUCCGGUGGCCAUGCCCAACGGGAUCAUCCAGCUGCGGCUGCGGGACGGCGUCGUCAUCGAGAUGACCAUCGACAAGUCGCUGAAGCUGAUCAACAGCCAGGAGCACGUGACCAUCGCGCUGUCCCACAACGGGACGCUGUCGGCGCUGAAGCACCCGAACGGAAUCGUGUUCCAAAACGGGCCCAAGGUGGACAUUGUUGCGUACGAUGGCCGCCGGAACAAUUCGUACAUUCGUUACGCAAAAAUGUGGCAAAAGGGCAUCAGCCUGACGAGCGAGGGUUGCGCUCUGAUCUACCUGGUCGACGCGGCCGGAACGCGCACCACCUCGGACAUGAUUAACAUCGACCUGAACACGGACUACAUCAGUCCGGUGUUUUUCAAUGGAGCCCGCGUCGGUGCCCAGUUCUGCGCAGAGGCGGAGACAAUUGCCCAGGGUGCAAACUUUUGGCUCAACGAUGACGGCACGGAGCAGUUCCAGCUGAACGGGUACCGCAUCCAGCAGACUGUGGACGGCCUGGUGAAGGUGGCCCGCAUGAACAACCGUUGCAACAUCCGGACGAGCCCGACGAACGGUUCGGCCACCAUUACGACGCCCAACAUCCACUGCACCGCCUCGAUGGGUCAAACUUCGCAUCUGUUUGUGCGCCGCGAGGAACGUCGAAUGCACUUUGACGGCACAUCAAUCGUGGUCCGCAAUGCGGGCCAUUCCGCCGGCUUCGACGAGUGGAACCGGCUGCGGGUGUACUAGCUGGUGUGUGGACUUGGACUUGAACCACUUUUCCCCCGCUCAACAGUACAUAUAUUUUCAAAUUAAUGAAGAAGGGCACACGGCCGGAAGAUUGCAUGUCUUCCCGGUCGUCCCCUAUCGUGUCCUCACUCUCUCUCUCUCUGGAAGAGUCUCUAUGUCAGUGCCUUUUCCCGUAUUUAUCUAUCUGUGUACGUCGGUAUAUUCUCUCAUUCAUUGCCCUCCUCGCAACAAAACCACUGCUCGGUCACCGGAAGCAUCAACAUGCUCAAGCAAGAAAAAGAAGAAGAACAAGAAGCAAACUGGUGCACACAAUUUAUCUUACUUCCUUCCCUGCCGCCAUCUGAUGGCUACUUCCCGGAAACAACCCCGCGAAGACAUGCUCCUCGUCUUCACCAGACCAAACCAGACCAGACUACACCAUCCGGGGCCACAGCACAAACUCCGCACACGUUGAAGGUUGUGUGCGCUGAUGUUGCCGGUUCUGUCGCUGCCAUGGAGCGGAAAAGAUGCAAAUUGUAUUAAAUUAAACCUAAAUUUACAUACGUCGUAAAUAUAGAGAAUAACAAGA